GGAAGAACCCGUCUCCCGCUGCGCCCCAGUGACGAAGCCCAUCCUCGGGUGCGGGAGGUGGGGAAGGGAGGGCAGGCAGAGGAUUUCGCUCGCCCGUGCGAGAUCCGGGACGUGCUGGCGGCGCCCGCUCCGAGCAGAGACUGUCAGUUUCGGAUCCAAGGAUGGUGAUGGCAAAGCUUACCCGGGUUCUCUGUCAAAUCAAAGCUGUCACAGAAUAAAUCCCGUUGCCUGCUGCGAAGCCCCCACGCACUGCAAACUUCAGUGAGCGAACUGGGUAAUCAGUGUUUGGAUAUGCAGAUCCCUGAUUUAAAAGGCGGGGUGACCCCCCCAAGAACCUCUCCUGGGGGACGAAGCCCGCAGGUGCAGUGAGGCGUGUGCGUGCGGGUGUUGGCGCCCGCGAAGACGCCUUGCCCGGGGAGAGGGAGCCGGGGCGCCCGGCGGGGUCUGGCGGCCGCGCACUGGCGGCUCAUCUCCGGCGGCGGCGGCGGAUGAUGGUGGCGGCCGGCGCACUGGGCUGUGUCUGUGCGUCGCCGCGGAAAUCAGCGCCCAGCGCUGCACACUGAGCCCUUGCAGGUCCUCCGCAGCCCGAGUCUUGGCGAGGACAGACCCGGAGCGCAGGGGCCGCGGACCCGCGCGAGGGGGAGCCGGGGGACGAGUGGGGUCGGCUUAUCAUGGCGGAUCGGACAGCUCCCAGCUGCCAGCUCCGGCUGGAGUGGGUGUACGGGUACCGGGGUCACCAGUGCCGCAACAACCUGUACUACACGGCCGGCAAGGAGGUGGUCUACUUUGUGGCUGGGGUCGGGGUGGUUUACAACACCCGAGAGCACAGCCAAAAAUUCUUCUUGGGACACAACGACGACAUUAUCAGCCUUGCCUUACACCCAGAUAAAACUCUUGUUGCAACUGGCCAAGUUGGAAAGGAGCCAUAUAUAUGUAUAUGGGAUUCCUAUAAUGUCCAGACUGUGUCUAUUCUUAAGGAUGUCCAUACACAUGGAGUCGCCUGCUUGGCUUUCGACUCAGACGGACAGCGUUUGGCCUCUGUGGGACUGGAUGCAAAAAACACAGUCUGCAUUUGGGACUGGAGGAAGGGAAAACUACUGGCCUCAGCCACCGGCCACUCCGACCGGAUUUUUGAUAUUUCCUGGGAUCCAUAUCAGCCAAACAGAGUGGUUAGCUGUGGAGUAAAACAUAUAAAGUUUUGGACGCUCUGUGGAAAUGCCCUGACUGCAAAAAGAGGGAUAUUUGGCAAAACAGGGGAUCUUCAGACCAUCCUUUGCCUUGCAUGUGCCAAAGAUGACAUCACCUAUUCUGGUGCUUUAAAUGGCGACAUCUAUGUCUGGAAAGGGCUCAAUUUAGUCCGCACCAUUCAAGGAGCACACAGUGCUGGAAUCUUUAGCAUGUAUGCUUGUGAAGAAGGCUUUGCCACUGGUGGACGAGAUGGGUGUAUUCGAUUAUGGGAUACUGAUUUCAAACCAAUAACCAAAAUUGAUCUCAGGGAGACAGAACAAGGAUAUAAAGGCCUCUCCAUCCGGAGCGUGUGCUGGAAAGCAGACCGCCUCCUAGCAGGGACCCAGGACAGUGAGAUAUUUGAAGUGAUUGUGCGCGAACGAGACAAGCCAAUGCUGAUCCUGCAAGGCCACUGUGAGGGGGAGCUCUGGGCUCUGGCCCUGCACCCCAAGAAGCCCCUGGCUGUGACGGGAAGUGACGAUCGCUCUGUCAGGCUAUGGAGCCUGGCUGACCAUGCCUUGAUCGCCCGCUGUAACAUGGAGGAAGCAGUUCGCAGUGUGGCCUUCAGCCCGGAUGGAUCUCAGCUGGCCCUGGGCAUGAAGGACGGCUCUUUCAUUGUUCUCCGAGUCAGAGAUAUGACAGAAGUGGUUCAUAUCAAAGAUCGAAAAGAAGUCAUUCAUGAAAUGAAAUUUUCUCCAGAUGGCUCUUACCUCGCGGUGGGAUCCAAUGAUGGCCCAGUGGACGUGUAUGCCGUUGCCCAGCGGUAUAAGAAAAUUGGAGAAUGCAGCAAGUCGCUUAGUUUCAUCACACACAUUGACUGGUCUUUGGAUAGCAAAUACUUGCAGACCAAUGACGGCGCGGGAGAACGCCUGUUCUACAAGAUGCCAUCUGGGAAGCCUUUAACAAGUAAAGAAGAAAUCAAAGGGAUUCCCUGGGCCUCCUGGACAUGUGUGAAAGGCCCCGAAGUGAGUGGAAUUUGGCCUAAAUACACCGAUGUCACUGACAUCAAUUCGGUGGAUGCAAAUUACAACAGCUCAGUGCUGGUGUCUGGAGAUGAUUUUGGACUGGUUAAAUUGUUUAAAUUUCCUUGUCUCAAGAAAGGAGCCAAAUUUAGAAAGUAUGUGGGCCAUUCUGCACAUGUCACAAAUGUCCGCUGGUCCCAUGACUUUCAGUGGGUAUUGAGCACAGGAGGGGCUGACCACUCAGUUUUCCAGUGGAGAUUUAUUCCAGAAGGUGUCAGCAACGGUCUGCUGGAAACUGCACCCCAGGAAGGUGGCACUGAUUCUUACAGUGAAGAGUCUGAUUCGGAUUUAUCUGAUGUGCCAGAGUUGGACUCUGAUAUUGAGCAAGAAACUCAAAUCAAUUAUGAUCGCCAGGUUUACAAAGAAGAUCUACCUCAGCUAAAGCAACAAAGUAAAGAGAAAAACCAUGCAGUGCCCUUCCUCAAAAGAGAAAAGGCUCCUGAGGACAGCUUGAAACUCCAGUUCAUACACGGUUACAGGGGCUACGACUGUAGAAACAAUCUGUUCUACACGCAGACCGGAGAAGUGGUCUAUCACAUUGCUGCAGUUGCUGUUGUGUACAACAGGCAGCAACACUCCCAGAGGCUGUACCUGGGGCACGAUGAUGACAUUCUCAGCCUGACCAUCCAUCCAGUGAAAGACUACGUGGCCACCGGGCAGGUUGGAAGAGAUGCUGCUAUUCAUGUGUGGGACACACAAACUCUAAAAUGUUUGUCACUAUUGAAAGGACAACACCAGAGAGGAGUGUGUGCACUUGAUUUUUCAGCUGAUGGAAAAUGUCUGGUGUCGGUUGGUUUAGACGAUUUUCACAGUAUUGUGUUUUGGGACUGGAAAAAGGGAGAAAAGAUAGCCACCACAAGAGGACAUAAGGAUAAGAUAUUUGUGGUAAAGUGUAACCCACACCAUGUUGACAAACUGGUUACAGUUGGGAUGAAGCACAUCAAAUUCUGGCAGCAAGCAGGUGGGGGCUUCACCUCUAAAAGAGGAAUUUUUGGAAGUGUUGGAAAAUUGGAAACAAUGAUGUGUGUUUCUUAUGGGCGAAUGGAAGAUCUAGUGUUCUCAGGAGCAGCUACUGGAGAUAUUUUUAUUUGGAAAGAUAUCUUCCUACUGAAGACAGUGAAAGCUCAUGAUGGGCCUGUGUUUGCUAUGUAUGCAUUGGAUAAGGGUUUUGUAACGGGUGGAAAGGACGGAAUUGUGGAGCUCUGGGAUGACAUGUUUGAAAGAUGCUUGAAGACUUAUGCCAUUAAAAGAGCAGCAUUGUCAACUAGCUCAAAAGGCUUGCUUUUGGAAGAUAACCCUUCAAUUCGUGCCAUUACUUUGGGACAUGGGCAUAUCCUGGUGGGAACAAAAAAUGGGGAGAUCCUGGAAAUUGACAAAAGCGGCCCAAUGACACUGCUCGUUCAGGGGCACAUGGAAGGAGAAGUGUGGGGGCUGGCAGCUCACCCUCUCCUGCCCAUCUGUGCAACCGUGAGCGACGAUAAAACUCUCCGGAUAUGGGAAUUAUCCUCCCAGCACCGCAUGCUGGCAGUGCGCAAGCUCAAAAAAGGUGGAAGAUGCUGUGCCUUCUCCCCUGAUGGGAAAGCCUUAGCAGUUGGCUUGAAUGAUGGGAGUUUCCUGGUCGUAAAUGCUGACACUGUUGAAGACAUGGUCUCCUUCCAUCACAGAAAAGAAAUGAUCUCUGAUAUUAAAUUUUCAAAAGAUACAGGAAAAUACCUUGCCGUGGCAUCCCAUGAUAACUUUGUGGAUAUUUACAACGUACUGACAAGCAAACGGGUGGGCAUCUGUAAAGGUGCUUCUAGUUAUAUUACCCAUAUUGACUGGGACUCUAGAGGAAAAUUAUUGCAAGUUAAUUCGGGUGCCAAAGAACAACUCUUUUUUGAAGCUCCGAGAGGCAAACGGCAUAUAAUAAGACCUUCGGAGAUUGAGAAAAUAGAGUGGGACACGUGGACCUGCGUGCUGGGGCCUACGUGUGAGGGAAUCUGGCCUGCACACAGCGAUGUGACUGAUGUAAAUGCUGCCAGUCUUACCAAAGACUGUUCCCUCUUAGCCACUGGAGAUGAUUUCGGUUUUGUUAAGCUUUUUUCAUAUCCUGUCAAGGGCCAGCAUGCAAGGUUCAAGAAGUAUGUGGGGCACAGCGCACAUGUCACCAACGUGAGGUGGCUGCACAACGACUCUGUGCUGCUCACAGUUGGUGGAGCCGACACAGCCUUGAUGAUCUGGACGAGGGAGUUUGUGGGGACCCAGGAGAGCAAGCUGGUGGACAGCGAGGAGUCGGACACCGAUGCCGAAGAGGACGGAGGCUAUGACAGUGACGUUGCCAGAGAGAAGGCCAUUGAUUACACCACCAAGAUCUAUGCUGUGAGCAUCAGGGAGAUGGAAGGCACCAAACCUCACCAGCAGCUGAAAGAAGUUUCAGUGGAAGAAAGACCGCCUGUUAGCAGAGCAGCCCCCCAGCCUGAGAAACUCCAGAAGAACAACAUCACCAAAAAAAAGAAACUGGUUGAGGAGCUGGCUCUCGACCACGUGUUUGGCUACAGGGGAUUCGACUGUCGCAACAACCUGCAUUACCUGAACGACGGUGCAGACAUCAUCUUCCACACCGCGGCGGCUGGUGUGCUCCAGAGCCUCUCCACGGGGAGCCAAAGCUUCUACCUGGAGCACACGGAUGACAUCCUUUGCCUCACGGUGAACCAGCACCCCAAGUACAGGAACGUGGUGGCCACCAGCCAGAUAGGAACAACACCCUCAAUCCACAUCUGGGACGCCAUGACCAAACACACGCUCUCUAUGCUGCGGUGCUUCCACUCGAAGGGGGUGAAUUACAUCAACUUCAGCGCCACUGGGAAGCUCCUGGUAUCGGUGGGAGUGGACCCUGAGCACACCAUCACUGUCUGGCGUUGGCAGGAAGGCGCCAAGGUUGCCAGCCGAGGGGGUCACCUGGAGCGCAUAUUUGUGGUGGAAUUUCGCCCUGACUCGGACACGCAAUUUGUGUCUGUCGGGGUCAAACAUAUGAAGUUCUGGACCCUGGCAGGCAGUGCCCUGCUUUACAAGAAAGGGGUCAUUGGAUCCAUGGAGGCUGCCAAGAUGCAGACGAUGCUCUCCGUGGCCUUCGGUGCUAACAACCUCACUUUCACGGGUGCCAUCAACGGAGACGUCUACGUGUGGAAGGACCACUUCCUCGUCCGACUGGUGGCCAAGGCUCACACGGGCCCUGUCUUCACAAUGUACACGACCCUCCGGGAUGGACUCAUAGUGACUGGUGGCAAAGAGCGGCCGACCAAAGAAGGAGGUGCUGUGAAAUUGUGGGACCAGGAGAUGAAGCGCUGCCGGGCCUUCCAGCUGGAGACGGGGCAGCCGGUGGAGUGUGUGCGCUCUGUGUGCCGCGGCAAAGGGAAAAUUUUAGUAGGAACCAAAGACGGAGAAAUAAUUGAAGUUGGUGAAAAAAAUGCCGCUUCUAACAUCCUGAUUGAUGGGCACAUGGAAGGGGAGAUCUGGGGUCUGGCCACACACCCCUCCAAGGACAUCUUCAUCUCUGCCAGCAACGAUGGCACAGCCCGCAUCUGGGACCUGGCCGACAAGAAACUGCUUAACAAGGUGAACCUGGGCCACGCGGCCAGAUGUGCAGCCUACAGCCCUGACGGGGAGAUGGUGGCCAUUGGCAUGAAGAAUGGAGAGUUUGUCAUCUUGUUGGUGAACAGCCUGAAAGUCUGGGGGAAGAAACGGGACCGGAAGUCUGCUAUCCAAGAUAUCAGAAUCAGCCCAGACAGCAGAUUCUUAGCCGUUGGUUCUUCUGAACACACAGUUGACUUCUAUGACCUCACUCAGGGCACAAGCCUGAACCGCAUUGGCUACUGCAAAGAUAUUCCAAGCUUUGUCAUUCAGAUGGAUUUUUCUGCGGAUGGCAGAUACAUCCAGGUGUCAACAGGAGCCUACAAGCGCCAGGUGCAUGAGGUACCCCUGGGGAAGCGGGUCACUGAAGCCGUGGCCAUUGAGAAGAUCACCUGGGCCUCCUGGACAAGCAUUCUGGGGGAUGAAGUCAUUGGCAUCUGGCCACGAAAUGCGGACAAGGCUGAUGUCAACUGCGCGUGUGUGACCCAUGCUGGCCUCAACAUUGUCACAGGAGAUGACUUUGGGCUGGUGAAGCUCUUUGAUUUUCCAUGCACAGAAAAAUUUGCCAAACAUAAGCGUUACUUUGGCCACUCAGCUCACGUGACGAACAUCCGUUUCUCUCACGAUGACAAGUAUGUGGUCAGCACUGGAGGAGACGACUGCAGUGUGUUUGUGUGGCGAUGUCUGUAAAUGCCGGAACCCUCUUUAUUGCUGCUGCUGCUACCACCCAGCAACUGCAGGGGCAAUGACGAGGCCCACCAGCUGCUGGGAAAGGCCUACGCUGCGGGCCGCACAAGUUCCAAGUGCUAGUGAAGUGGGGUGACUGCUCCCAGACUCUGGAAUCUCCAAAACUGUGAUGCCAAGAAGGUCAGUUCUAAAAUGUUAAGAGUGCUUUCCUCUGUUCCUGAGACUAUACUGACCACAAUGACAAAAAAAUCCUGCUAAUGUAGCCCACCAACGAAAUUUAAAGCCUCAGUUACCCUGACCAAUAUGUAGCUUUUAAUUUGCAUCAAAACUUUUACAAAAGAUGUUUUGCUAUUAUGUUUCUAUAUACUUUAAAAAUGUUCGUUUUUACACAUGAGUUGAACAAGACAGCUUAAUUUAGAUGCGCCUAAAGCACUAGAAAUAUUGAUAGCCUCCGUUCUCCACAUUUAGCUUUCAAAACCAAAUGAGCCAUGCACAAACAAGUUGAGAAACUUAAUUUUUUAACGUUUCAUUUGCAGAGUUUUAUAUCCAUUAAGUGCCUUUGAAAGUGUCCAGUUGUGUGGGCUGCUGUCUCCCCUCCCACAAAUUAUCUCCUUUCUACAUAUGGUGCUAAAACUUCAAAACUGAGGAGGGCUACAGGACCCUUAACAGAUUCCUGGUCUGUCACCCAUGUCAUGUGUUUAUGUCGAGGCUUCCUGAAUGACAUCAGUUCCCUGCUUGAGAAGUAGUGGCAGGUGAGCAGCAAAGAAACUUAAAUUCAGGAGGGAGGGGGUAAAAAUGGGUUUUCACUGUUUAGUGCCAAACCUACAAAAUCCAAAAUAGAAGUAAAAUUAACCUCUACUACAAAAUAGUAGGAAAAAAAAGAAAAAAAAAGCUCAAGUGGGUCUAGGAUUAACGAACUCUUAAUCCUAAUAAAUGCGGGGACCCAAGGCUGCACUGGGUCUGCCACCCAGUGGGACUGACUUGACACCACGGAUUUGUUCAGGUGAACUGAUCUAGGUCAAGUCCAGAUAAAAAGAAAAAAAUCUCAGCAGAACAAAUUCCUAAGCCCAAGCAAUAUUUGAAAGAUUAUUCAACAAAAACAGGCUAGCUUGGCGUUCAUCAGAGCUGGCUAGAUGACACAAUGUGACCUGGACAGUAUUAACCAGACGACAUCCCUGACCUGCCUCACUCUUACUUCACACUUGGCUCACCACGGACUCCAGGAGGGGCUGACAGCACACACCGCGAGGAAGGCUGGUGAGGGCCUGGGGACUCUGAGCACACGUGCACCCAUCAGUCCUUCCCAUCAGUGAACCAAAAUUCUGGGUCUUGAGUUUCUGGCUAUUUGCAGUUGUCAGUUUAGCGACAGUGAAAUGAAGCAUUUUCAAUUAAACAGAUUACUAACAUUUACCCCAGAAGUGCUUCAGCAUUCUAAAUGGAUUAGAUCACCAAUGAAGCUAUUUUUAUAUGCCAAGUUAUGAAUGCCUUACAUUAAUCCCCUGAUAGGCUGUCGGGUCCCCAGUUAAGAGUCCCUGUGCAGUCCUGAUUCUGUUUUCUGUAACCAUGUAACUGGCGAUGCUGAGUGAUGACCAUGUCUGCCUAUACUGUACCACCAACCUUUCAUAAUAAUCAGAUCUUGUAUUGAAAUAACCACGUGGAAAUAAAUUGAUCAAUGAGGAUAUGUACAACUAUAUUUACAGAGCAAUAGUGUCUGUGUCAAGAAAACUUCUUAAAUCUUAUUUGUAAACAUUUAUAUGGUAUGAUUUUAUGUGUUUAUCCUGCACUGUGUUCUAUAUGUUAAAAUAUUGGUGCAUGAAUUUAUUUUCAAUUAGCAAAGUAUAAAAAAUACAUAAUUUGAAAACAUUUUGUAUGUGUCAAAUAAAUUUGAUUAUGUAAACACAGCUGCACUACGCACUGGAAAGCUUUCUAAGAGUACAAGCCACGGCUCACUAGUUGAAGCAAAGUCUACUGUGUGUAUACUUUUAAUCUGGUGCAGAUUCAUGGAGCCAAAAUACCAAACAUAUUUUGUCUAUAAGCUUUAUUGAUACUUUGCUUUUACAGUUCACAAUGCAUUCCACAGAUUCAGUACAGCUUAAACCACAAAUGUAUAAAUCUUCAUUUUAUAAUUUUUUGCAUAACAAGGUUUGAUAUUUGCAAACAACGUUUUUGGAAGCAUUAGAUUCAGUCCAUAGAUUCAGAGUCUGUGACAAAAUGAACUACAGUAAGUCUGUGCAAUGAAGUUUAUGCUGAGGAGUUCUAUGUGCAUGGCAUCGUUUCAUGUUGAAAACAGAUGGUAGUGCUCCUAGAAAUAGAUUUUCUUUUUCUAGCUUAUGUGCUUUGGAACUACACACGUAUAACCAAUGACUCUCUGAAAUAUCAAGCACUGUGGGGUAGCCGGAAGGUAAAGGUCUAAGCUUUGUGAAACACUAUAUAUAGAUAUAUAUAUAAUCUAUAUUUACUUAUAUUGGCAAUUAAUAUAACAGUAAGAUUCACAAUACACCUAGAACAUACCAGAAAGGCAAGCUUUUUCACUCUUGCUUUAGUGGUAUGAUCUCGUCUAAACAUUGCAUUUCAGAAAAUCUGCAUCAAUCUACACAGACCAUACACAGUGCACAAACUGUGAAAAGGAUUAUUUUUUUCAGCUUCACUUUCUCUGCAAUUCCCAAAAAACAGCAAGACUACCUGCAACAAAGUGUAAUAUACAGCUUUCUCAGAUCUUUUUCUAUUCACCAGUGCCUCGUAUCGGAAAAACAAGUAUGAUUACGGUUUAAAUCCAUACAUAGCAGCUUACAAUACUUAAGAUGAUGAACACAUGGCAGUCAAGACAGGUAAUUUUCCUCAGACACCGCAUUGCUAAAAAUAAAGAUCUGUGAAACUGCAAUGUCAAGGUUUCCUUCUUCCCUGACCCUCCCCCAUGUAAUCAAACGAAUAUCCCCUUUUAAAGAUAAACUAUUGUUAAUGAUUUCUGGCUUUUUCAUUCAGCUUUGCGCUUCAAUCCAGGGAUUUUCGCUUGGAUUCUACAAAUGGAAAGGUUGGGACAAAAGGUCAAUAUAAAUAUUUUUAAAUUUUAAGUAUUUUAAAACGCUAUCCUUCAAGAACUACUUGUAUAUUGCUCAGCUUGUACAAGAAAUGAAUCUUAAGGCUGUCAAACUACAAGCUGUAAUUAUGCCACUUUGCCUGACGAAUUAGAUUUAAACAAAGCCUUAAAUACAACAAAAAGCAAACAGAAAUCAACGAUUCCAAAUGUAGAGAAAAAUCGUGUGGCAAUACUGUCGCACUUUUUAAGUGUGAUUAAGAUUUGCUACCCAUUAUGUCUAGAAGAUGAAAAUACAAAGUCCAGUACACCUUGUCCUUAAUAAAAAAGAAAACAAAAGUUGCAGAUUUUAAGUACUUACUUAGCCAUAGCAUCUUUAACAUUCUUGUUUGCAAGUCCUAGAUAAUGAUCUAUCUGCGCCUGAAAGAGAGGUAUAAAGGAGUUACUAGAAAAUUAACGUUGGUAGAGUCUUAUUAACCGUUACUCUGUUCCGGCAAAUUAAGGGCUUAAUAAAGGCUUAAGAAACCACAUUUUUCAUAUUUAUAAGGCUAUGGAAACUGGCAAUAAUACAUCUGUUUGAAGUAAUAAAGUGAGACUUGUAUCCUGAAAUCUAUACUUAAGAAAUUACCUGAUGCCGUUCAUAAAUAACAGGAACGCUGAAGAGUGAAAUCAGAGCUGCAAAAGGAAAUACACAGCCUUUAAAAUCGACUGGGAGGGUUUAGGGAACAAACACGGAAAAUGGUAAACUCUUAAGAUAGCUAGGCAGUGUUCCUAACAAAUGAAUAAAUACACAAGGAUCUCCUGGAGGCACCUGCUGGUGGGGAACCACUGCAGAGCUGUGAGUGAAUUAACCAAGGGAUGCUGCAGGAACCACUCCUAGCUUAAAAUCACGUCACACAGACCUUAUAAAAUACAGGCAUCCCAGGUUAGUGUGAUUUAUGCCUGCACCAUCAGAUGAGGCCAGCCCCCAUCUGGUUUAUCACUAUUAACUGGAGCAUUCUUCAGGAACUAAAGUAGCAAUUCAAUACACAGUAUCAGUAUCAGCAAUUUAGCUGAAGAGAUCACAACCUCAAAUAUACGUCCUGUCUUCCCCACAACAUAAGAAUUCUCUCCACUACAAUGUCUCUUGGGGUGCCGGGAUGGCUCAGUCCGUUGAGUGUCUGACUUUGGCUCAGGUCAUGAUCUCAUAGCUUGUUGAGUUUGAGCCCCUCAUUAAGUUCUGUGCUGACAGCUCAGAGCCUGGAGCCUGCUUCAGAUUCUGUCUUCCUUUCUCUGCUCCUCCCCCACUCUCACUCUCUCUCUCCCCAAAAUAAACAAACAAUACAAAAAAAUCCUUUAAAAUGUUUUUAAGCUCCUACACACAAUCAUCUUUUAUUGUACAGUUUUUCAUUCAAAUAGUUUUAUAGACUUACCCAAAAUCAGUAGUGUCAGACCAUUGAACAAGGCACCAACAUAGGUAAAUACCCACAUCAACACUGCAAACUGUAAGAAAAUAACAUUAGCCUAUUAAAACCACAAUUCACAUGAAGUUGAAGCUUUCAAAUAAAAGCAUCCCAUCUAACGGCCUACCUACUAGAGGCCUAAUCGUUGGAGAUUUGGUACAUAUGGAGAUUUCAUCUUGAAGUCACCAGUCUCAAUUCAAAAUUUCAGAAUCCUAAUUAAAAUAGAUUUGAUUCAUUUUGUCUGGACUACACUACCAAGUAGUUGAUUCAAUUUUCUCUGAGAUCAGAAAACAUGCCAAAGGUGUACCUUCCUCCUUCAACUUUAAUACAGCAUUUAGCUUUUACAUGGGAAGACUGAAAAGGGAUGAGAAUUUGCUAUUAAACCUGAUUUUAAAGCACUAAAAAGUACUUCAGAUCCACAUGAGCUGAAUAAUUCAGACAUUAAAAUCUCAGACAUCUGAAUAAGUAACAGUGAGGCAGGAGUACUUAUGAUCAGUGAGAAUGGGUUUCAGGUACCAAAAUUACCAGCUCUGGCAUUUUAUAAAGGAACAGAAGCACUGGCUGCCGAGUGAUACAUGUUUUAAUAGCCACAGUUAACCCUGGGAAUGAGGAUGUCUCAAACUUGUAUAUGUAUUAAUAAAACUAUUAUUAUUCUUUUGGUCACUGCUUUCUUUAUUUAACAAACACCAAUAUAGUUCUUACUAUAUUAGUGCCAGGCACAGUUUUAAAUGCUUUACAAAUAUUAACUCAUUUAUUCCUCUUAACUUGAUGAGGUGGGUGCUAUUAUUACCACAGCAGAUACAGACAACUAGAGAAUAAAGAGUUUUAAUACCUUGCUAGCAGUCAGAUUUCACUGUCCUCUUUACGGGUAGGGGACUGCAGUGAAUUAACUAAACUCUCCUACUUCAGUAAUCAUGGUCUUAAAAUCUAGGUGUGUGUGUAUGUGUGUGUGUGUGUGUGUGUUUUAAAUCAUCAAAUAAAGCAGUUUGGGAAAGGCUCUUCUAAAAAGAGAUUUCAUUUUGAGAAGUCCUUUGUUUCCUCUUCAUACUUUAUUCAUGAAAGGCUGGACAAGAGGAUUGCAGAGUUUUCUUUCCAUUCUAAAAUUUGGUGACAUCAUAUAGUACAGACUCAAUGACAUGAUAGAAACAGUUCUUGGAAGACUUAAAACACAAAGUCAGUCUGGAUUUUAUUAUU